CAUUACUGUCAAUAUAUUUUAUUCAGUCUUAAAAGCAAGGCAAUGAGUUGCAAACUUCCAAAUUAUCUUUUCUUUAAAAAUGUGAUUCCUGGGUGUCGAAGUUAGACCUACAUCAGCCCCUAACUUUGGUGUCCUCCUGGUCCCAUGCUCCAUAAAGUUGUCAUGUCAAACUCACACCUUUCACAAACAAAAGCAGGAAAUGCUGGAAACAAAAGCUACUUCUAAGUGGCUUACGUCAAUGAUUUGUUUGAUAAGAGCGGAAAACACAAGAAACACUCAGCAGGUCAGAUGACAUCUGUGGAAAGGGAUGACUUCGCCAGGCGUUUGCUAAUGCUCCCCGGAAAACAUUUUGGGAUUAAAGGAGGUGCAGAAACAUUCAGUGCACACACUGGUAUUCAGAUCUCUAAAACGAACACAUGACAUGUUUGUUAGUGAUCAUGCCAAGCCUGUUGCAGUAGAUGAGAAAAGUUACAAGCUCAAGAUGAAUGUGAAGUUGCAAACAGAGUACAGUCCUGUGCUUCACAUGCCUAUACUUAAAGAAAUCAGAGAAAAAUGCUCUCAGUCUGAUUCCUAUAACCAUGGACAUUAUAGCCUAAAUCAAGAUCACGAACCUGAAUACAUUAUAACUGGUACUCAUCCGUACCCAUCAGGUCCAGGAGUGGCACUGACAGCUGAUACACAGGUACAGAAAAUGCCCAGUGAAGCAAGCACUCAUGCAUUGGCUAUGGUGGUUCCAUCUUCAAAAGCCAGGCAAGAAGUUAAUCAUACCGCCACCAGUGUUGCUGACAUCCACAGACAUGCAGGCAUUGCUGAACGUUCACAGCCUCCAGUGUCUUCCAUGGCUCUGUUGGAAGCUGGAGGCCCAAAGAACUCCUCACAAAUAUCAAGAAAACUUCCUACAAUGCCAAAACCACAAUGGCAUCCACCUUGGAAACUCUACAGAGUAAUCAGUGGCCACUUGGGCUGGGUAAGAUGUCUUGCAGUGGAACCUGGCAAUCAAUGGUUUGUUACUGGCUCAGCUGAUAGAACUAUUAAGAUCUGGGAUCUAGCCAGUGGUAAACUGAAGCUAUCAUUGACUGGGCACAUCAGCACUGUACGUGGAGUGGCAGUCAGUUCACGCAGCCCAUAUCUUUUUUCCUGUGGAGAAGAUAAGCAGGUGAAAUGCUGGGAUCUAGAAUAUAACAAGGUUAUUCGUCAUUACCAUGGUCAUUUAAGUGCAGUGUAUGGGCUUGAUUUACAUCCGACUAUUGAUGUUUUAAUAACUUGUGGCAGAGAUUCAACAGCAAGGGUAUGGGACAUUCGAACAAAAGCAAAUGUACACACGUUAACAGGGCACACAAAUACAGUAGCAACUGUGAAAUGCCAGGCUGGAGAACCACAAAUUAUUACAGGAAGCCAUGACACAACCAUACGGCUGUGGGACUUGGUAGCAGGGAAAACUAGAGUCACGUUAACCAAUCACAAGAAGUCUGUUCGUUCUCUAAUUCUGCAUCCAAGACAGUAUACUUUUGCUUCUGGUUCUCCGGAUAAUAUAAAGCAGUGGAAGUGUCCAGAUGGUAUUUUUAUUCAGAACUUACCUGGUCACAAUGCUAUCAUCAACACACUCUCUGUCAACUCGGAUGGCGUGCUAGUAUCCGGAGCUGACAAUGGCACUAUGCACCUUUGGGAUUGGAGAACUGGGUACAACUUCCAGCGAAUACAUGCUGCUGUGCAGCCAGGUUCCUUGGACAGUGAAUCUGGGAUUUUCGCAUGCACCUUUGACCAGUCAGAAAGCAGAUUACUCACAGCAGAAGCUGAUAAAACAAUCAAAGUCUACAAGGAAGAUGACAUGGCUACCGAAGAGACUCAUCCUGUCAACUGGAAACCAGAAAUCAUCAAAAGGAAGAGAUUCUAAGUGACUUUCACUUGUGGCAUACUAGUUGUUAUGAAUUGUAUUUUAAUACUUAAAAAUUUCUUCUUUCCUUUGGGUUGUCUGCUGUACUUGCCCCCUGCCCUGCUCCUUUCAAGUGCUAAGAAGAUCACAUUUCUCUUGGACCACCACCGGUGUCACUUUCUAAUUUGUUGCCAGUAGAAUGGCUAAAUAGGUUUUGUUUUAAUUUUCUAUUGUGCAAUUUCCCUGCAUGGCACUAUCAUAAAAUAGUAUCCUUUUAAUUCAUGACAUAAUAUUAAUGUGGUCUUCCUGUGGCACUAUUUUUUUUAACUUCAUUUCUUGUAGUUUUGUUUCCAACUGGCUGGAAAUGUUUCAGAUGUAGUUUAUCUCAGUUAUACAUUGCAUUCCCACAA